CGAACAAGGCAAGAAGCGAGGCAAGAAGCGAGGCAACAAGGCAAGCCACCUCGCCUCUUGCCUUUCCUUGUGCACGGUUCCUCCAGCGCGGUUGUGCACUGCAUUCCCCCCACCAACAGCGCAGCCGAUGCAGACCAAAGGAGGACCAUCAUGGCACAGCGACAGCCAGUGCGACACACACAACAACAGCAGCAGCAACAACAGCAGCAGCCUGCUCGGUACUCUGCCCAUGCUGCCUCGCGUUUCCUUCAAAUGAGAAAGCUGCAGUCCAAGUUCCAUGACUAUGGCGGAAGCAGCUUCGCGGCUCUUCACACCAACGUUGGCAGCAAAUCCAUUUCCUCUGGCUUUGCCAGCCGUGACACGCCUGCGCCUCGCACCUACAAUCCGGCAUCCACCGCCAGCACUUCAGACAAUCACACGUCCCCAGCAGCAUAUUCUGCCUCUGCUUCUACACCUACAUCCGCUGUCGCUGGCGUAUUUUCUCCGUCGUCGCUCCUGGGCACCACGAGCGUCGCCAACGAAAGGGCCUUUGACACAUCACCAAGCAAGCUCGCGCGCGUCUCAUCCCUCCAUGUCCGGCGUGUCUGUCGAAAGACACUGCCGACGACGACAACACCGCAGCGGCGGCGCCGGCAGCAGCGGUUCAGCUUGAAGGAGCUGCAGCAAGGAAGCACGGGCACCUCAUCGUCCCUCAUGGCAGCUGGUGCUAAUGCAGCCGCCACAAGCACGAGCAGCGAAAGCGACCACUUUGUGCAGCAGCAUUCAUCCUCCCACGCAAGCCAUCACCCCCACCAUGAACACCACCGCCAUCGCCACCAUCGCCACCACAACAAACACGGAAUCGGCAACGACGACGACGAUGAUGAUGAUUUUACAGACCAUGACGGUGGUCGUGGUGUUCAUGGGGUUGCACAGCGGGGGCAUGCGAGCAGGAAGAAGCACAAGGUCAAGAAGAGGAGGAAGAGGGGAAAGGAGAAGGAGGACAAGCGGGCACGAAGGAAGCGAAGAACGGAGAAGGAACGCCGCAAGCGAGAGCACACGCUACAGGAAGCAGAACAGCGGCGCAAAGCCAAGCUGGCACUCGACACGACAGAGACGAGCGACAGCGACGCCGAUGACAAUAACGACGACGAUGAGGAGGUGAUGCCACAUGUCCUCGGACCAGCAGCAGCAGCAGCAACAGCACUGAAAACCCGCGGAGAAGAAGACCAUGACAGCGACGAAGGGGAAGCCAAGGCGACUGCUGCUGAUGGUCGUCCUGGUGGUGGCUCUGCUUCCAUGGAUCUCAGAGACGACGAUGAUGAUGACAAAGGCAGUGACGCCAACAAUGACAACAACGACAACGCUAAUGGCGUGGCAGCGCAAGAUGAGGUGUCGCUGCUGGACAUUCCGUCCGAUGACCGGAGGACGAGCAAACAUGGCCGCAGCAGCUGUGGCAAUAAGGGCAGUGGUGUUGAGGAGAAGACGUUUUCGAGUCCAAACGCACGCACACGCCGGCGAACAAGACGGCGACGCACGCGUGGACCCAUCGGCGGUAACGACGACAAUGGCGACAACACCGGGUCCCGCGCUGGCCGCGGCGAUGGCGGUCGCCGUGUGUCGACACGUCACAAGAGUGGUAGCGACCGCAAGCAGGUGAGGGCGCCGACCAGCCCUCGCCUGCGCCGCCACCACCAGCGAACAGCGGGCGGGCUCGUGUUUGACCUGAACGGCAUUAUUACACCCAGUGCCGGCGGUGCCGGUGGGGGUGGGGUUGGGUUCCGUGGCCGGGGUGGGCGACGCAGCGAUCGCACACACGCGCAGCUGCACCUGGACCUGUCUCCUCCCGGACACGCCCGCGACAGCGCUGAUGAUGAUGAUGGUGAUGAUGGGGGUGACCAUGGUGGUAAGAGUGGGAGCGAGGAUGGUAUUUACGGUCGGCAUGCAGCGGCACGGCAGACAACGGUAGCGCAAAAGACGAAGAGCACCCAUGAACAGCAGCAACAGCACCACACGCAUCCCACACUUGCCAGCACGCGUGCACAGACUGCCAAGGAUGGCAAGGAUGGCAAGAAGAACGGCAACGAGGGUGACAAUGAUGACGAUGAUGAUGAUGAUGAUGAUGAUGAUGAUGACGGUGAUGAUGACGAUGAUGACACUGGACGCUACUCCCCCUCGUUUUCCUCGUCCCUGUCAUCAUCGCCACAUGGGCGGAACACCACCACCGCCGCCGUCGCUGCCACUCGCGCACCGCUGCGCCGCGUUCGCCGUCGCCGUAACCGCCGCCGCGUCGACAACAGCGUGAACGCGCCGGCACCAGCCCAGCCGUCAACCACCUCGUUGUCCUCAUCAUCAUCAUCGCCUUCAUCAUCAUCAUCAUCAUCAUCAUCCUCCUCCUCGUCUCCAUCGUCAUCGUGCCCGACGUCCCCGUCAUCCCCAUCAUCGCUGACAUCCUCCGUCAGCUCACUGUCGCCGCAGCCACGACGGCACCCUGCGCACAACGCAGGCGCGAGUCAUCGCGGCGAUGCUGGCGGCGGUGAUGAUGGUGAUGGCGGUGGCGGUGGGUUGAGGCGAAAGCGCCACAAGCCACACACGGAUGCAGAGCACGGCCGCGCUGCCAAUGCGGGGCAUGGUGGUGCUGAUGCUUGUGGUGGCACCACUGAACCGCACUUGUGGACGACUUUUAGCACCGACUUGCCGAUGGAUGGACAGGAUUUCGUGUCCACUUCUCCGCCAAUGGCUCGCGGAAAGGCUGGCCCAACACAGCGUCCUCCCAUCCGCCCCUGGGUCGUGACGCAAUCGGAUGUGCCAGAGAUACUUCGUGGCCCUCCCCUUCAGCCCUGGCAGGCAACCUGCACUGGACACUUGGUCCCAUACACCUUUGUCUUCCACGCCCGCCGCCGCGAAUUGUACAUGGUCGACCACUCCGGCACGCGGUUUGUGGUGUUUCGCGCCCGAGGCAGGAACCAGUUCUUCUCCACGGGAAAUCAAAUCGCCAUCAAGUCGUGUCGUGUUGGGGAGCUUGAGGACGUGGCGGUGAUUCUGCGGCGGACGCAGCUCGGGCAGUGCGCGGCGUCGCUCGUUGCGCUGUGCCCGCCCGACGACGCCAACGAUACGGACGGGUACGGGGGCAGCACGUUUGGCGAUGGCGAUGACGGCCACCGCCAGUCCAUGGAACACGCAGCCAACCGCGGUGGCGGUGUUGACAACCACAAUACCAACAGCAACAUCCGCGAUGACAGCCAUGACAAGGACACCAGCAAUGACAGCAGCCGUGGUCAUGGACCCAACACAGCAGGAUGGUGGUGGCAACAACAACAACAACAACAACAACAACAACAACAACAACAACAACAACAACAACAACAACAACAACAACAGCAACAACAACAAUGGCACCAAAUUGCCGCCAGCAACCCCAUCACGCUGUCGCUUCCCCGCCCAGCAGGGAACGUGUUCAGUCAAAUUGGUGUUCUCCGCAACACCACCAACACCAUUGGCGGCGCCCCCGUGAUGGAUACGAACGGCAACGGCGGUGCAAGUGCAAGUGCAAGCGGGCUGCAGCAGCUGAAGCGACGUCUUCGUCGCGCGCGCUCUGCUGGCGUACCUGGCGUUGGCGCCCGUGAUGGCAGUGCCACCACCGCCCAUCACCACCUCAACCACCAGCAACAUCGCAUCAUCGUGUCGUCGUCAACAUCGCCGUUUGCGGGCGGGUUUGCACGGCGAGCAGCAGCAGCAACAGCAGCGGAGAUGGACGACAUUGAGGGCAGCGGGUCGCAGCACUCGGCCCUGGCCCUUGCACUGUCGCCGCGACCCGACGGUCACCACCGCACCACUGCCGCCAGGACUGCCGCCACAACGGCUGCUGCUGCUGCUGCUGCUGCUGCUGCUGCUGGUGGUCGAGAUGGUGGCCGUGGUGGGAUUCGCGUGGAGCGGAUUGACUCGAUUACGCCGAGCGAGGCCGCUGAUGAGGACUUGGCGUCACAGCAGCACUCCAUCCCGCACCCGGGCGCCGAACAGCUGAGUUUUGAGUGCCUGAUGAAGUUUGUGCAGAGCCUGUGGGACUGCGCUGAUGACAACGCCACAGACAAAGAGGACAACGACACGGACAAACACGAUGAAGUGGAGGGAGAUGCGAGCAACGUGGCUUCGGUGCAACCAACAGCAGCAGCAGCAGCCGUGACCACAACACCAACGCUCGAUGACGACGGCGAUGACGACGACAGUGACGGUGAUGGUGACGAUGGUGAUGGUGAUGGUGAUACGCAUGCGCAGCAGCAGUUGGCGCUAGGACAGGAGCACCGCGUUGCUGACAACAACAGUGAUGGGCAGCAAGCAGGGGACAGGCAUGAAGACACUGUUGCACGAACAGCGACACCCGCCGACGACCACGACGGUGGUGAGGAUGGCCGUGCCUCGUUGAUGGUGGGUGGUGCGUCGCAUCAAGUGCAGGGGAACAGCGGCCUGGAGAUUUCGGGCCAGGUGGGCAACGAAGACGACGAUGACGACGGAGAUGAUGAAGGAGAGCAGUGUGAUGAUGGUGAUGGUGGUGUUCGAGGUGGUGGUGGUGGUGGGGAAGCGAAGGACGGUGAGGGUGAGCAGGCAAAGGCAAACGGCGGCAAGGACGGACAUGACCCUGGCGAUAAUUGUGGCGGUGCUAACGCCAAUCACAAUGACGAUGACAAUGACGAUGACGAUGACGAUGACGGUGUCGGCGGUGUUCCUGGCGAGGAUGAGGCACGGGCGGCGGUUGAGCGGCUGAUCGGCGAUGUCAAGGACCUCUCUGUCCGCAGUCCAAAAUGGCGGGACGACUUUCUCCACGCCCUGCGCUCCCGACCCCAGCUCAUCGUGUCGCGUGCGCCAGACCACAGCCCCGUGUGCACGGCGUGUGGCGCUGCCUGCACGCAGUCGUGGAACUUUAUGCUUGGCGGCCACGAGUACCGCCGCCACAACCUCUCCCUCAAGGCGUCCCCAGAACACUCGGGCAACGCGUUCCGGUCCUUUGUCGUCGGGCGCUCCUGCUACCGACGAGCCCAGUUGUAUCACCAACUCCACCACUUUGCCCACGCCGUGAGCCAAGACUGCAAGAAACAGGUGCUGCCGGCGCCGCCAUCAUCCAUCCGCGCCGGCCGCGCUGCCCGCCGCUGGGCGUCGUGGGCCAAGGUCGUGCAAGCAAAGCUGUGCAAUUUACUCAAGCAGGCGGAGCGCUACAACUCGCGAACGGCCAUCAAUCAGACAUGCUAAGGAGGUGGAGAGGGUCUCGGUCUAGUUUUUGUCGUUUGUCCGAUGUUCCUCCCAAGGCGUACCCGUGUUCAUGCUCGUACACACACACACACACACACACACACACACACA